AUGGCCGUGUUGCUGUGCUCUGCCGCUAUGCCUUGCUCCAGGGCGGCAUCGUGCACCUGUGAAGAGAAUAAGAGGGACGACAUCAUCUCCUACAGCUUCCCUUCCUUCCCCCCUAAUAGCGUAGAGAACUUGGCGAUUCUCAGGGACGCAGGUGUGAUAAUGGGAGCUCUCAUGAUCCCUCCCGACAGAAACACACUCGGGAUGAAGGGCAGAGCAGGUUCUGUGCUCCUCCCAUCACCCAUCACGCUCUGGGGCGUCGACUCCAACGGAGUGAAGCACGACGCGUCCUUCAACACCUCCUUCACCAUGAACCUCUACAGAAAGAUGAGGCUAAAACAAGGCGACGGCCUUGCGUUCGCCAUCGUCCCCUCCCUCGACGGCCCUCAGCCGGGCAGCGAGGGUGGUUUCCUCGGUCUCACCAACACCACCUCAAGGUCCACCGCUGGCUCGGGCAGAUUCGUCGCCGUCGAGUUCGACACGUCGAAGAAUGAGUACGAUCCCGAUGACAACCACAUCGGCCUCAACAUCGGCAGCGUCGUCUCCGACUACGUCGUGUCCCUCUCCUCGCUCCCGGUGCCCGACAACAUCACCCUCGCUCCGCUGAUGGAGACGGUGGAUUACACCGUGUGGAUCGACUACAACGGGGUCGGGCACCACAUAUGGGUGUAUGUGGCCGUCAAUGGUCUGCCCAAGCCUUACAAGGCGUACCUUGACGCGCCCCUCACCAUGAGCAGCCACGUCCCCCGGCGAGCAUACAUCGGUUUCACGGCGUCGACGGGGGAAGGCUACGAGCUCCAUAGUAUCCUGAGCUGGAACUUGACAGUCGAAAAGCUUUCGGAUGACCGAGCCGUCCGGCAAUGGAAGGUGGUCCUGCCUGCAGUCCUUGGGUCUGUGGCCGCCACCGCAAUGAUGAUAUCUGUCGCCGCGUUCUACUUUAACCUGAGGUACAAGGCCCUGAAGAUGGAGCUCAAGCUUUCGGCGGCUCUUCGGCGGCUUCCGGGCACGCCCAAGGAGUUCAAGUACGCGACGAUCAGGAAGGCCACCAACAACUACGACGAGGCAAGGAAGCUAGGCAGAGGCGGGUUCGGCGCAGUGUACAGGGGAACGCUCCGUCUCCGGUCAGGGAAGACAUGCCAGGUUGUGGAGGUAGCGGUGAAGAAGUUCACACGUAAUCGAGACCAGUGCUACGACGACUUCCUCGCAGAGGUCGACGUGAUCAACCGCCUGCGCCACCGAAAUAUCGUGCCGCUCGUUGGUUGGUGUUACGAGAAAGGGGAGCUCCUGCUUAUCUACGAAUAUAUGCCCAAUGGCAGCGUGGACCAGCACAUCUUCGAGCAAAACCCUCGGCUCCAGCUACGCAUCCUUGGAUGGAAUACCCGGUACGACAUCAUAAUGGAUAUAGCCGCAGGUCUUCACUACGUGCAUCACGAGCACGAACACAUGGUCCUCCACCGCGACAUCAAAGCGAGCAACAUCAUGCUCGACUCUUCCUUCCAUGCUCGCCUUGGCGACUUCGGCCUUGCUCGCAUUGUCACCUUGAAUAAGAACUCCUACACAGACGUGGGUGUCGCCGGCACCUGGGGCUUCAUCGCGCCAGAGUACUCAAUCUGCCACAAGGCCACUCGCAAGACUGAUGUAUACGCCUUCGGGGUGCUACUCCUAGAAAUCGUCACCGGAGAACGGGCACUUGCCGCCAGCCAUGACGAUGCGACGCUUCAGCCGCUCACCGACUGGGUCUGGUGGGUUCACCAGGAGGGAAGGUUGCUCCAAGCGGUGGACGACAAAGUCAUUUCCACACAAGAGUUCGAUGCCGAUGGCGCCUUUCGCUUGCUACUUCUUGGGCUGGCUUGCAGCAACCCGAACGCAUCUGACCGGCCAAGCAUGGCCGAGGUGGUGCAAGUCCUGGCCGAAUCGGUGCCUCCGCCAGAGGUACCACUUGUGAAACCUACAUUCAUGUGGCCACCCGAGGGCGGGAUCCCCGUGGAAUUUGACGAUAUAACGGCGACGACCAGCCUCGACUCGGAGGACACGUCGAGCAGUGAAGACCUAGGGGCGAGUCUGUCAUCACAGAUCAACAGGCGCAAGGCACAUCCAAAUAAAUCGGGAUCAGCUGAGAAAUAUUAUGGGUAG